AACAGAGUGCUCUGUUUCUCUGCAAAACAUUGAAAAGAGACAGAGAGAAUGAAGGAGAACAAAAUGAAGAUCACUGCUUCAAUUCUCCUAACUUUUAUCUACUUCCAUUUACUGUUUAAUCCCACAGUAGCAGACAAAAAGGCCUACAUAGUAUACUUUGGAGGACACUCCCACAACUCAAGAGAAGCUUCAUUGCUUGACACUGAGACAAUAACUAACUCCCACUAUGAUUUCUUAGAAUCAUUUUUAGGGAGUAAAAAUAAAGCACAAGAAGCUAUUUUCUACUCAUACACAAAAUACAUUAAUGGUUUCGCUGCUGAACUCGAAGAAGAAGAAGCUGUGGAGAUAUCAAAGCAUUCUGGUGUUAUCUCAGUUUUUGAAAACAGAGGACAUGAACUCCACACAACAAGGUCUUGGAAAUUCAUGGGAUUAGAAAGAGAUGGAGGACAAAUCCCCAAAAUGUCCAUUUGGAGCAAGGCAAGGUUUGGAGAAGACACCAUUAUUGGCAACCUUGACACUGGUGUAUGGCCAGAAUCAAAGAGCUUCAAAGAUGAUGGUAUGGGUCCAAUUCCUUCAAAAUGGAAGGGAAUAUGCCAAAAUAACUCUCCAAACAAAUUCAGUUGCAACAGGAAGCUGAUCGGAGCCAGAUACUUCAACAAAGGCUACAACGCGGCGGCUGCGGCGGCGGCGAGGCACCCUCUCAAACCCAGCUUCAACUCAGCCAGAGACACCGACGGCCACGGCACUCACACUCUCUCCACCGCCGCCGGCUCCUUCGUCCCCGGCGCCAAUCUCUUCGGCUACGCCAACGGCACCGCCAAGGGCGGAUCGCCGAGAGCCCGCGUCGCAGCUUACAAGGUUUGCUGGCCACUGGACCCAUCCGGCGGCUCCUGCUACGACGCUGACAUCAUCGCCGCCGUGGAUGCUGCAAUCCACGAUGGGGUUGAUGUGCUUUCGAUGUCGAUCGGUGGGGAUCCUGGUGAUUACUUUGGGGAUGGCAUUGCCAUUGGUUCGUUCCAUGCGGUGAAGAAUGGUAUCGUGGUCGUGGCCUCAGCCGGGAACUCUGGGCCGAAGGCCGGCACCGUGUCGAACACCGCGCCGUGGAUUUUGACUGUGGCGGCGAGCACCAUUGAUAGGGAGUUCCCUUCUUAUGUUUCUUUCAAUCAUCAGCAUAUCAAGGGGCAAAGUCUCUCAGAAUGGGGACUUCCUGGCAAUAAAUUCUAUCCAAUGAUCAAAUCUGAAGAUGCAACAGCUGCAAAUGUUUCACUACAUGAUGCGAAAUUGUGUUUGCUGAAAUCUCUAAAUCCUGAAAAAGCAAAAGGAAGGAUUCUUGUAUGCCUUCGCGGGAAAAAUGGAAGAGUAGAAAAGGGGGAAGCGGUUCGUGAGGCAGGUGGAGUCGGAAUGGUAUUAGCGAAUGCUGAAUCAGAUGGAAACGAAAUCAUAGCUGAUGCUCAUGUUCUUCCAGCCACCCACAUUUCCUAUUCUGAUGGAUUAACUCUCUACUCCUACCUCAAUUCCACCAAGCCUCGAUAUGGUUAUAUUACAAUUCCUAAAACAGAGUUGAAUACAAGACCAGCUCCAUUUAUGGCUGCUUUCUCAUCUCAAGGGCCAAACACUGUCAAUCCUGAGAUCCUCAAGCCUGAUAUCACUGCACCAGGACUGAGCAUUCUUGCAGCCUACAGCGAAGAGGCACCACCCUCAGAACUGUCUUUCGACAAGCGCCGUGUUCCCUUCAAUGUACUUUCAGGCACGUCCAUGUCAUGCCCUCACAUCGCAGGCAUCGUUGGCCUUCUCAAAACUCUUCAUCCUGACUGGAGCCCUGCUGCAAUCAGGUCUGCAAUCAUGACUACUGCAAGGACAAGAGAUAAUGAGGAAAUGCCGAUAAAAAACUCAAGUUUCACCAAAGCAACUCCAUUUAGUUAUGGUGCUGGACAUGUAAGACCGAACCGAGCAAUGGAUCCCGGUCUUGUUUAUGAUCUAACAACAAGUGAUUACCUCAACUUCUUGUGCACCAUGGGCUACAACUCCACAAAGAUCGCAAGAUUCAGUACGGAAAAUUAUGCUUGUUCAACCAAGCCUGUAAAGCUUGAAGACUUGAAUUAUCCUUCUAUAACUGUGCCUAAACUUAGAGGUGCUGUUACAGUGACUAGGAAGGUGAAGAAUGUAGGAUCACCAGGGACAUAUGUUGCUAGGAUUCAAGAACCAGCAGGGGUUUCAGUUAGUGUUAAACCUGAAAGGCUUGUGUUUGGUAAGGUUGGAGAGGAAAAGGUGUUUGUUGUUAGUUUACAGGCUCAAAGAAAAGGUAAUGGUUAUGUCUUUGGGAGGUUGAUUUGGUCUGAUGGGAAACAUUUUGUCAGGAGUCCAAUUGUGGUGAAUCUUUAGUUUAUGUUUUAUGUUCUUUUGGGGAUGAUUUAUUUGUUUGAAAUUUAAGCAAAGCAUAGACGAUGUUUUUCUUUCUUUUUUUUUUCUUGUGCAUGUAUUUAAUUCAUGCUGAGAUAAGUACAAAGCUAAUAAUUCAGA